AUGGCACGACGCAAAUACUUUGUACAUGAACAGACACCUGAACAAGGAAAAGUAGGUGUUAGUCCUCCUAAUCUACCACCAAAUCCAAAAGAUAAUUCAUUAUUUACACGUGCCAAGUAUUCUUAUUCAAAUGGUACUAUGGUUAGAAAACCAAAUUUUCGUACUCGUAUUAGAGAUAUUCAGUGGUUUAUGUCUGAAUUUCUUGCUGUUACGGCUGCUGCAGCUGCUCGAAUUAUAUUUGCCAUACAUGGUAUUGCAGCUAUUUGGCGUGUAGCUUUAGUCUAUAAACAAAACAAAUAUUGGUUUCAAGCUAUAACACUUUUUGGUAUCCCAGUCGAGUUCUUUGUUACACUUUAUAUGAAUAAUGGUCAUGAAUGGAAAUGGUUUUGUCCAUCUGUAUUUUUUUAUUUAUGUACAGUUAUACCAAGUGUAUGGUUUCUUGAACUUGAUUUAGCUGAAAGACGAACAAAAAUUAAUGUAACUCAAGCACUUGGAUUAGUUUCAACAGGUCAAUCAUUUGAUAACGAUGAUUCAUUACCACUUGUUCCAUGGAAAAUUCCAGCUGAAAUGUGGACACAAAUUGUUGAACAAACUCUUCUUCUUGUUUUAAUUAUUGGACGUUGGUUAUUACCUGUUGGGAAAACGAUGACACGUGAUCAAUUGUCCCAAUUAUUACUUGUUUAUAUUGGUACAGCUGCGGAUAUCAUUGAAUUAUUUGAAGCAUUUAAAGAAGUUGGUGUUCAACGUAAUUUAACAAUUAUUCAUCUUAUAUUAGCAGCUUGGUCCAUAAGUUUAAUGCAAUUUACACUUGUUGUAACAUCGACAAAGACACGUAAAAAAAAAAAUUUAAAAGAACUUGAAAAAUGUUUUACUUGUCAGUUAUUUUGGGAAACAGAAUUAUGGGCACUUUCAAGUACAAUUCUUUUACAAGAUGGUCCAUUUCUUUGCCUUCGUCUUGGUUUAAUAAUUCAUUAUCAAAUUAUUUCACAAUCAAAUGUAUUUUUUACAACAAAAAAUUUACUUGUUGUUGUCUUACAAUUAUAUCGUGUUUGUGUUAUUAUUAUUGAACAUAGGAAACGACAACGAUUAGCUCAUUUUAAUGAACAACAAAAGCAAAUACCUGUUUUACCAAAAAAAUUAACAACACAACGAAAAGAUCGAACAGGUAUGUUAGCUACAAAAUCAAAUGAUAAUCCAACUGCACAAUCAAUUUCAAUGACAAAUUUACGACCAAAAAUUAUUACAAAAGAAAUCGAAUCAAUAGGAAAUACAGAUCCCUUACCACGACGAAAAAAUUCAUCUGAAUUAAAUCCAAGAACACCGCCUCUACCACCACCUCGACCAGAAAUUUCGCAUUCCAGAUCAUCAACAACCGUUAAUUUAAAUAAUAAUAAAAUCUGUACACAAGUGUAA